AUGGCCUCGCAAACGCAAGGAAUCCAGCAACUGCUCGCUGCGGAGAAACGCGCCGCCGAGAAGAUCAACGAGGCCCGCAAGCGCAAGCUGCAGCGCAUGAAGCAGGCCAAGCAGGAGGCCCAGGCCGAGGUCGAGAAGUACCGUCAGGUGAAAGGAAAUGCCAGAGGAACCUAGAAAACCUUCUUUUUUUUUCCAGCAACGCGAGCAGGAGUUCAAAUCGUUUGAACAGCAGUACCUGGGCACCAAGGAAGACAUCGAGGCGAAAAUCCGCAAGGACACCGAAGACCAGAUCAGCGCCAUGAAGCAGAGCGUCUCCGCCAACAAGCAACAGGUUGGGAGUUUAGAAUAAAAUGUUGAGAAAAGACUAAGAAAAAGAAGUUUUCUUAGCCUUCUCAUAUUUGAAAUUUGGAUCUCAGAGCUCAUUGGUAAAAAAAAAUGUGGCGUUUUCUGGAGGUAAACUAUUUUAGCUAGUUUUGAACAGAUUUGAGUUAUCUGUACCUUUUUGAAGCUUGAAAAUAAAAAAAAUUAAAAGUUUCGAGUUCAAAGUCACUGUAUAAUUAACGAUUCACCUUGCCAAAUGUCGAAUUUGAGUUUUUUUCUCCAAGACUUGGGCGUUAUCUCUUAAUAUUCAAAAAAAAAAGAAAAAGAAAAAAGAAACAGUUCCAAAACCAAGCUGUUUACCGCGACCAGAAUCUCAUUUUGGAUCUCUAUUUAUCAAACUUUUUUCAGGUGAUCGUGCGUCUUCUUCAGCUCGUGUGCGACAUCAAGCCAGAGCUCCACCACAACUUGAUCCUCCAGAAGAAGCUCCACGGAGAGUUCACCAACUAA